AUGAAAUCAAUUGCAACAUUAUUCAUUACCUUCGCAAUAGCCUCAUGUAUAUAUGCACCUGCUGAACGUCAAUUCAACUAAGAAGCCUUGACUGGAGCCUAUUCUUAUAAUAAGUUGUCUGAGCCAUAACAUAUUUCAAAUUGUGGAGAUGAUGCUACUUAGAUUGACUUAUUUAAUUUUGUUGGAUAUAUGCUCCAAAAGGCUGACAAAGCAAGUGCGUCUUAAUUAUUGGGAUUAAAGAAGGAAGUGGAUGAUUAUUUCAAUGUAUUUAGAAUUCAAUACUGAUUAUAGGGACUUCCAGAAGAAUACACAAAUUGCUUAUAUGCUGAGCCAGAAUUCUUGGAGAUUUGCACUAUUUAUGGAUUGAAAGAGACAGAUAGGAUGGAAUAGAUCACGGAUAAAAUUUAUCAAUAUGCGAUGGGACACUUCAUUGCCACAAAGAAAGAGAUUCAUUAGGGGAAUCUAUUGUGGAACACAGAGCACAAAUAUAAUGAUGCCGGCUAUCUAAUAGCAAGUUUUACCAAGAAGGCCUUAUUAACAGGAGUAGAAUAUGUUGAAUGA